AUGGUAGAUGGAGAGGCUGUUGCUGCCUGCCGCGAGGCCAUAGCCCCGCCGUCCCCCCAGGCCUCCCCUUCGUGUGCAUCGCCCUCCCCACCACGCCACGAUCUGCUUAUCGACACGCACGGCGUGGCCAUAGCCCCGCCGUCCCCCCAGGCCUCCCCUUCGUGUGCAUCGCCCUCCCCACCACGCCACGAUCUGCUUAUCGACACGCACGGCGUGGCCAUAGCCCCGCCGUCCCCCCAGGCCUCCCCUUCGUGUGCAUCGCCCUCCCCACCACGCCACGAUCUGCUUAUCGACACGCACGGCGUGCCCUACAAGUACACAGCGCAGCUGGAGAACGAGCUGCGGGCGCCGCCGGCCAGCGAGCUCGGUCCCGGCGAGGGCUGCAGCUGCCCAGAGUGCGACCGCGUGUGCGGCUCCCCCUUGCAGCUGCAGCGCCACUGCGUGUCACAUUCGACGCUCAAGCCCUUUACAUGCGUCGCCUGCUCCCGGGCCUUCAAGCGCUCCAGUGAUCUGGCGCGGCAUCGGCGUCCGGCUCACGAUCCCCCGCGCCGCGCCCGCGCUGACCGCCCGCACGCCUGCCCACCGUGCCCGCGUCGUUUCCAGGACGCCACGGCGCUGGCACAACACGCGCGCCUGCACUAG